AUGCCGCCUUGUCUGUACAUCUGCUGCCACUUUGAGAUCUCCGACGACCAGCAUGGGUCUCCAGCAAGACCUAAAUCCACUUCGAAAACGAUACAAGAAGGUCGACGUAUCUCCCACCGCCACUCUACGAACAGAGAGCGACCUUCUGCAAGAGAACGGCAGAGAGAAAGUCCAAGAGCGGAUAGAAGACAUCAUUCUCGUCGUCGAUCGCACUCCUCAUCUAGAAACUAUCAUCGUUAUCAGCAACCCAACACUACCACCACCAUUACCACCCAAGAAACCACAACACAAGAACCCCAAGACCAACCCCCAGCAAACCAAAUCAUCGCCCUUCGCAAACGUAUCGAAAAGGAAGAUACUCGCCACUCCCUCAACCUCUCCAACCUCCAAAACCAAGUCACCACAGAACAUGCUCGGCACUUCACCCACACCAAAGGGUUUCGCUCGCGACUCAUUGACUUGAGUACUGCUCAUCGCGAAAACCUGCGCAUCUCUUCGCCCAACAAGCCACAAAAUCAGCAUCAUACCAAUGGCAACGAAGUCAUUGUGGCAAACGGCAACAACAAACAAGGAUAUAUCGCAAAGUGGCUAGAAGGGUUGAAAUCCAUGUCUAGCUUUUCAGGAUUGAGGGAAAGUACUAGUGAUGGAAUGAGUAGUGUAGAGGUUGUUGCUGCUAAGGAUGCAAAGGGAAAGGGCAAGGGGAUUAGGAUUGUCAGUGAUGGGGUUGAGGAGGGUGAUGGUGUGGAAGGUGGUGUAUGA